AUGGAUACGUCGAAUGACUCAAGUUUAUAUAGGUUAGAGGGUACUGAUAAAAAUCAAGCAGGAGGAUUGAUUAUUCGAAAAAGACCCUCUGAUCAUACAUUUAAAAAACCUCAAGUAUCCGUUUUAGGUCUUGAUAAACUUGCAAAACGAAAAAGGCAAGAAAAUUCACAAGAAAGUAACUUAUCAAAAUCCGAGUCCAGUUCGUCAAAAGCCGAGGUUAAAGAAAGAAAAUACCGAUCUUAUGCUGAAGAAACACCAACACAUACUGGUGGAGUUAAUUCUGAAGCACAGCAAAGAUUGGAAUCACGUUUAAAACAUCAGAGAUUGAGUGCACAGGACAAGCAUCAUAGACAUGCAUAUAGAGAUCGAGAUAGAGAUAGAAAUAGAGAAAGAGAAAGGAGUAGAGGUAGAGAUAGCAUUAGAGAUAGUAGCAGACAAACACCUUUAAGAUUUAAAGAUGAACCACAAACUCCAGUAUUUAAAACAAGGGAUCCGACAUCUAAAAGUAAUUGGGAUGAUGAUGAAGAUGAAGAACCAAGAAAAUCAAGUUGGGAUCAUCCAACACCAAAUCUUUAUAACAGUAAAGAUGGUCGAGAUAGUAUUAGAAGCGAAUUCACACCUUCAUAUAAAUAUAAUUCUUGGAAUAAAGAUCGAAAAGCUAGUGGUGCUACACCUAGUAUAGAUGGAGAAGAAAAAGAGCUAUGGGAAGAAGAACAGCAAAGAUUGGACAGAGAAUGGUAUGCUUUAGAUGAUGGAGAAAAUCAUGCAUUUGCCGAUGUAUCUGAAGAAUACACACGUAAAAAAGAAAUGGAACUUGAAGCAAAAAGACAGAAACGUCUUUCUGCACAGCAACGACAAAUAAAUAAAGACAAUGAAUUGUGGGAACGUAAUAGAAUGUUAACAUCUGGUGUUGUAAGUUCUUUAGAGCAUGAUGAUGAUCCUGAUGAUGAAGGGGAAACCAGAGUUCAUCUCCUAGUUCAUAAUGUUGUUCCACCAUUUUUGGAUCCUCGAAUUGUAUUCACGAAACAACCAGAGCCUGUUGUACCUGUGCGUGAUCCUACUUCUGACAUGGCUCUUGUAGCAAGAAAGGGCUCAGCUUUAGUACGAGCAUAUCGCGAGCAAAAGGAACGAAAAAGAGCACAAAAAAAACAUUGGGAACUAGCUGGAACUCAUAUUGGUAACAUUAUGGGUGUACGUGACAGGCACAAAGAAGAUAAGGAAGACCCAGGGCAAGAAACUGAUUUUAAAGCUGGUCAAAAAUAUGCACGCCACAUACGAGGUGAUGAAGUUACUGGAGAAGCUAAAUACAGGUCUAUUCAGCAUCAAAGGAGGAGUCUUCCAGUGUUUGCUGUACGUCAAGAAUUGUUAAAUGUAAUCAGGGAAAAUAGUGUGGUAGUUAUAGUUGGAGAAACUGGCAGUGGAAAAACUACACAAUUGACACAGUAUCUUCACGAAGAUGGUUAUAGUUGCAAUGGCAUAAUUGGAUGUACACAACCCCGAAGAGUGGCAGCUAUGUCUGUGGCUAAAAGAGUUUCUGAUGAAAUGGCCACUACUUUAGGAGAUAAAGUUGGAUAUGCUAUUCGUUUUGAAGAUUGCACUUCAAAAGAUACAGUUAUUAAAUAUAUGACUGAUGGUAUUUUAUUAAGAGAAAGCUUGAGAGAGGGGGAUUUAGAUCGAUACAGCGUAAUUAUUAUGGACGAAGCUCAUGAAAGAUCUUUAUCUACUGAUGUUCUGUUUGGUUUAUUAAGAGAGGUUGUAGCUCGACGACAUGAUUUGAAGUUGAUUGUGACUUCUGCUACAAUGGAUUCUAGUAAAUUUUCAGCAUUUUUUGGGAAUGCUGCAACAUUUCAAAUUCCUGGCCGCACAUUUCCAGUUGAGGUAUUGCACGCAAAAAAUCCAGUAGAAGAUUAUGUUGAUGCUGCAGUGAAACAAGUGUUACAAAUUCAUUUACAACCACGUUCCGGUGAUGUACUGGUAUUUAUGCCUGGUCAGGAAGACAUUGAAGUUACCUGCGAGGCUUUGAAAGAACGCUUAGCGGAGAUAGAAUCAGCUCCUCCACUUUCCAUUUUACCUAUUUACUCACAAUUGCCUUCAGAUUUACAAGCAAAAAUUUUUCAACGUUCAGAAGGAGGUUUUCGGAAAUGUGUUGUAGCAACAAAUAUAGCUGAAACUUCAUUGACUGUAGAUGGAAUUGUAUUUGUUGUGGACUCAGGAUAUUGCAAAUUGAAGGUUUAUAAUCCACGGAUCGGUAUGGAUGCUUUACAGGUAUAUCCUGUAUCUAGAGCUAAUGCUGAUCAGAGAUCGGGAAGAGCAGGACGUACUGGUCCUGGCACUUGCUAUAGAUUGUAUACACGGAGACAAUAUUUGGAUGAAUUAUUAUUAACUGGAGUUCCAGAAAUACAACGAACCAAUUUAGCAAAUACUGUAUUGUUAUUGAAGUCUUUGGGUGUUCAGGAUUUAUUAGCUUUCCAUUUUAUGGAUCCUCCGCCUCAAGAUAAUAUAUUAAAUUCCUUAUAUCAGUUAUGGAUUUUAGGCGCGCUAGAUCAUACAGGACGUUUAACGCCUUUAGGACGACAAAUGGCAGAAUUUCCAUUAGAUCCACCUCAAUGUCAAAUGCUUAUAGUUGCUUCUCAACUUGGCUGUACUGCAGAUAUACUCAUUAUAGUUUCUAUGCUCUCGGUACCUUCGAUAUUUUAUCGACCGAAAGGACGUGAAGAAGACUCUGAUUCAGCUAGAGAAAAAUUUCAAGUACCAGAGUCUGAUCAUCUAACGUAUUUGAACGUAUAUAAUCAGUGGAAGGCAAAUGGAUAUUCUAGUUCAUGGUGCAACGAUCAUUUUAUACAUGCAAAAGCUAUGCGCAAAGUGAGAGAAGUCCGACAGCAGCUUGAAGAAAUAUUGAAGCAACAAAAAAUGGAAGUUGUGAGUUGCGGCACUGAUUGGGAUAUUGUACGAAAAUGUAUUUGUUCAGCAUACUUUCAUCAAGCAGCUCGUUUAAAAGGUAUUGGCGAGUAUGUGAAUUGCCGUACCGGAAUGCCAUGUCAUCUGCAUCCAACGUCAGCUUUGUUUGGUAUGGGAUUCACUCCAGACUAUGUAGUAUACCAUGAACUUGUAAUGACUGCCAAAGAAUACAUGCAAUGCGUAACUGCCGUUGACGGGCAUUGGCUAGCUGAAUUAGGACCUAUGUUCUUUAGCGUUAAAGAAACUGGACGAAGUGGACGAGCAAAAAGACGUCAAGCAAUGCAACAUUUACAUGAAAUGGAAGGACAAAUGAAAGAAGCGGAAGAAGAAAUGAAAGCACGAGCACAAGAACAGCUUGAACGAGAGCAAGCUUCUAUCAGGAAAAAAGAGAUACUGACGCCAGGUAUCAGAGAACCGGGAACACCUGCUCCUUAUCGUAAAACUCCAGGUAGAUUGGGGUUAUAA